AUGCUCUUGUUUUUCCUCCCGCUCCUUCUUGGAGUUUCAGCAAAAAUUCUGAACAUGGAGUUCUAUGGCGAAGGAGGUAUCUCAUUUUUAGCUUGUGCUUAUUUGAACUCUCAUUACCUAUUCUGUGAAGAGCCUUCCGACUACGCUUGCUAUUGCACCAACGACAAUGCCCAGGCAUCAGUGAUGGGCUGCUUAGCAACUUAUGGGUCUUCUUCGGAUGCUGAAAACUACUUCAUCAAAUAUUGUGACAAAUGGUAUGACCUGGAACUCUCUUCAGAUAUGCUUGAAGAGUCGUAUCAGCUUUAUUUGGACAAAGCCGCUGACCCACUAGUUGCGAACCCAAAGUUCAACAUGACGGCUGAUAAUAUGACAACACCACUUCUAGUGAACACAAGUGCUGCUGAAUUGUACCGCGAGUCUUACAAGGUUUUUUUGGGUAACUACGAUCACUCAGUCUAUUACGGCAUAGGAGCUAUCAGCUACUGGUUCUUCGUUUUCAUUCUAGCUGCUAUUGCCAACUGGGGUGUCGUCUUAUUUCCGGGAUUGAGGGACUUCUUCAACGGUAGAGUCUCUAAAGCAUGGAGGAAAAAUGUGACAGUGCCAGCCUUAUGGUCUCGUAAGAGACUGACUCAACAGGACUUUUUGGGUGGAAUUCUUAGUUUCCUCAUUCCUUCUAGAUUAGAGUCACUCCUCCUUGUGAUAUUCUUCUGGUUGGUAUUUGCUUUGUUGGUUGUUGAGAUUCGUUACAUUCCCAAUGAUCCGCUUUUUCAUACAAGGAAAGAGGCAAUUACUCGGUUUGUUGCCGACAGAACAGGCAUUAUUGCUACUAUUACUGUCCCGUUACUCAUUCUCUUUGGAGGAAGGAACAAUAUAUUGCAAUGGUUUACCAGAUGGGACUUCGCUACAUUUAUUGUUUAUCAUCGCUGGAUUGCAAGACUAAUGGUUGCAAUGGCGUUUGUUCAUUCCGUAUGCUUCUCGGCUCUCUACGUUAUGGACGGUAUCUAUUUUGAGGAGAUGGCGGAAACAUAUGUCACUUGGGGUAUUGUGGCUACAGCAUGCGGAGCCAUUAUAUGCUUUCAAGGCCUACUUUUCCUUAGAAGAGCAUAUUACGAGACUUUCUUGGACUAUGGAACUGAUAUCGUGUUUUAUUGCAAGGUAAAGAAUGGGGUUACUAAAAAGAUUGGAAGAAAAUUGGCAAACGUCCCAGGAAGAGCAAUCUAUAUGAAGGUUGCAGUCGAAGGCCCUUAUGGUGAAACCAGCCCUGUCAAUCGUCAUUCUAAUGUCACAUAUUUUGCCGGAGGUAAUGGUAUUCCUGGUAUCUUUGCUGAAACUCUCACCUUGGGCAAGCAGGCUGCAACGAGAUCAACGAACAAUCAAAAGAUAAAACUUGUUUGGAUAAUGAGGGAAAUGAAGUCUUUAGCUUGGUUUGCCGAAGAGUUAGAGAUGUUAUGCCGUUUACCGGUCGAAGCUACCAUCUAUAUAACAAGACCAGAGAUGCGAGAAGGAAUAGAAGAUCUAGAAUGCGUUUUUCAAAAAAUGACUGAAGACAAGGUAUUGGCAAACAAUUCUUCGAAUGACUCAGAACAUUCAGCAGAGAAAGCAGACGAGAAAGAGUUGAAGGGGGAAGUUGACACAACAUGUGUUGAGACUCUCGAGAGAGCUAGGAAUAUGCUCCCUCAUGUAACAAUUUUGGAAGGUAGACCGGAUCUUUCCAGUUUGGUCAAGCUGGAUAUUGAGGAAUCAUCCGGUUCAGCAGCGUUUGUGACGUGUGGACAUCCAGCAAUGGUUGAUGACUUGAGGUAUUGCGUCUUGAAGGCAAUGGACAAUACAAACAAGAGAGUUGACUUUUACGACCAGCUACAGGUUUGGGCGUAA